AUGGCGACGAACGCUCCCUACUACCAGAUGCGCGCCAGCCAGCCGUCCACAAAUACCAACACCACGAACGUUGCAGCGCAAGUUUGCAUUUCCCAAGACAGAGAACAUGUUCUCACGCCAGCCAGCGCUAUCGACCAUCCGAUUGAGAACCAACAGCUGCCUCAGCACCUCGAACGUGCCACCCAUCAGAUUGAAGCAGACAACCAGCAAAACACCUUUGAGGAGAAUCACAACCUUGUGGAGCUGCUUGAAGCUGUAACAACGGCUGCAGACCAAUCUUCCUCGACCAUGGCUCCCAGCGAGAUAACACCAGCAGCACCAGUCCCACAAAGCAGAAGUAAGAGAAAGAGAGGGUUCACUCCUUCAACAGACGCAUCUACUACUAGUCAACCCACAUCUCAGAACCGCAUGAGCUCGUCCGCAAAACGCCAGUGUAUCGACCCAUUACCCGACAGUUCCAAUGUCCAAGUCACCGAUAGAGACACUACCACAGGAUCUCCCACCACACGUACUAGCCCAUCGCCAUCACACGAAACUAUCCUCACUGAUGCGCGUGCAGCAGGAGUUCACUCGGCAGCAGCACUCUUUCGCCGAACCUCCUUGCUCACAACACGCAAGUACACCCGCCCACCUAUGUCUAAGCUCUUCAUGUCCCUCAACAUAACGCCCGAGAAUUUUAUCACCUUGCAAGCCCUCGCAAAGUCCUAUAUGCUCUCGCCCGCACAUCCUGAACGACAGUCUUGCGUCGGCAGUCGCGGAAAAGGGGACACCGACAUGGUCAAGCUGCGUUUGUUCAACUGCGUGCGGGACUUUCUUGUUGAUGGCGGCGUGGGCGAGCAAUUCUUCGGUGAGCAUGUCGAGAAGCCGGGAGAAAGAGAGAGUAGUGAGCUUGCUGCGGUGCUGGGUGAGGAGGGUGGAAGAGGGGAAAAGCUGGUGUGGCCGAAAGACGGAAAUAAGAUCAUCAGUCUCGUUACGCCCUUGAUGAGGAGAAUGGUUACAAACGAGCGGCAGAGGUUAUAUGCUAUUGAUACGAGGAAGGGAGGGCGAAAGGCGGAGAAGGAUGAGACUGUUGAAGCUGGCAGUCACAGCAAUUCGCCUGGUGCUUCUGCGCACGAGGCGGCGCAGCGCCUCCACACAGCCUUUGAUCCCACACUUGAGCGUCCUGCUGCUCUCCAACAGUCGUCGCCUCCAACGCCAAUUCCAGGAAUGAAUUCCACAUUCCUACCGAACACCACCACACCUCCCGCCUCGGAUCCACGAAUCGUCUCUUCGCCAGCCUCUACCCCGGCAACUUUGCCCACCGACUCCGCUGAGCCCCAUCUCACACACAUCAACAUUUUCCUGACCUACACCUCCAGCAACACCAAACAGAGCAUCAAGCUGGACGAAAAGCGUAUCUCUACGACUCGACCCGCGCAUCUGACAUUCUACAACUACAGCGCUUUCGUAGAGCAGGUCAGCACCAUGGCCAACCAAGCCGAGAUGCGCCACCCCUCUCUGAAGAUCCCAAGGUCCACUUGCGCAGCCACAGAGGUAGGCGACAGCGAGAACCUGCGCGGUCUUGCCGCCGCCGCCAACGCCCUGCAACCCGACAAGGACGACCAGCUACGACCACCAACGCCAACACACGAUGUGAGCCCGCGCUACACAGUAAAGACUAUCGGUCCCAUGGGCUGGCAGGUCGUCGACAACGCAGAGACAUGGUACCACGUCCUCACUGAACGCGCAUUUGCGGCCUGGGCAGACGGCGUGUGCAAUUUCAUCGUUGAGCUCCGCGGUUUUGCUCAUGUGCUGCCGCCGGCGAGGAAAGAGAGUGCCGAUGUCGAGAUGGAAGGGGCGUGA